UACUGUCGUUCCAAUAAUAUCUGAUUGCAUUCCAAAAGAAUGCCACCAAAGACGUCUUUGUUUUUCACCUACAAAAGCGACGAGCCAUGGGAGUGUCGUCUCCAAUGCACCCAGUGCACCGGAACCCGCAGGGAUGGCGGGCGCUGCACCAGACGCACCUGCAUCGGCCUGCGCUACUGCUACGCCCACCUGGCACUGGAGCGUCAUCUGGAGAUCCGAAACUCGGGGAUCGCUGAAGCAGGCAAGGGACUCUACGCCUUUGAUCGGAAUGCGGAGGACGAUGCGAUCGUGUUUCGCAAUGGCGAUGUCAUCAUCGAGUAUGAUGGCGAGGAAAUCUCAAAGGACGAGCUGGAGGAGCGAUAUGGAAGGAACACUGCCCCAUAUGGCAUCCAGCUACGCAAGAGUGGCAGUACAGGAUGA